AUGCUGUCUCUUCUGCUUGUUCUGUUUGGCGUAGCGUCCGGGUCGCGCGCGGAUUCGAACCUGUCUGCGUAUGCAGACUUCAACUCGUCAACCGGCGGUAGACUCGUCUUCGGGACGCCUUUCGCACGAGCGUGUUUCGAGAAUGCGGGUCCAGGAGUCAGAGAGAUGUAUGAUGCUGCAUCAUGCUCUGGCGUUCAAAGUGACUACACGGACGAAGCUACCCGUAUAGACUCGCUUGGCGCGUACAUCAACACACAAUGGGAGACUUGUCAAAAGACUGGUGAACAGUGCCUUCUGGAUGCGACAGAUCCUACGAACGCUCUUGCCUAUUCACCUCCUGCAGUCUGCAGUCAGGGCAGUGUGCCGCCCGUUGGACUUGAAAUCGCCUCGGCAAACGAUGUUGUUCUGGCGUUCAACUUCGCAAGGAACCGUAGUCUCAAGGUCGUUGUCAAGAAUACUGGACACGACUACAAGGGCCGAAGCAGUGGCCCCGAUACCCUUGCUCUUUGGACACGCGGCUUACAAGGGAUCUCCAUCAACGAGGCGUUCGUUCCGCAAGGUUGUCCAACGUCCACCACGCCAGUGAUAGGUGUCACCAUGGGGGCAGGUGUGACAGCGGAUGUUGCGGUCGCUUUCGCGGAAGCGAACAACAUCACCAUCCCUACUGGCGCAGACCCAACCGUCGGGCUUGUGGGUGGGUACACCCAAGGGGGUGGACAUAGCAAGACCUCGAAUACGAUGGGCCUCGCGGUGGACCGUGUGAUCGAGUUCAACGUCGUUACAUCGAGUGGCGAGCACCUCGUAGCCAAUGCAUGCCAGAACGCGGACCUCUUCUUCGCUCUUCGAGGAGGAGGAGGAGGAACCUUCGGAGUCGUGCUCAAUCUGACAACGCGCGCUCUUCCCGCAACGGCUGUGUCUGCUGCCGUCGUCGAGGUCACGCCCACUCCAUCCAAUGUCGCCGCACUGCUCGACUUCAUGGUCAACAAUUCGCUUCAACUCGCUCAAGACGGUUGGGGUGGCGCAUUUGCACCUACGCAAGGUCUCCUCUCGUAUGCCAACCCGCUGCUGAAUGAGACUGCCGCAAAGGAGAGCGUCGCUUCUCUGCAAGCUCUUGCGACCUCCCUCGGCGGCAUCUUCAUCUACGAGUACCUCCCGACCUACGGCGCGUACUUCAGCACCUUUGGUAUUGAUCCCGUUCCUACUGCUGUACCUGUCGCGCAGAGCUCGCGCCUGGUUCCAUCCUCUCUGUUUGAGACGGAAGAUGGCCGAGCGAAGUUGCUUUCUGCGCUGACUGAAGGAUUUACCGCUCUGCCUUCCAGCGCCAUCUUUGCCAAUACGCCGUUCCUUGCCAAAGACCCAGGCGGGACGAGCGUGCACUCUGCUUGGCGUGAUAGCUUGUGGCACGUCGUGCUCUCGGCGGGAUGGAGCUUCAACUCUUCGCUCGCUCAAAGAGAAGCCGUGUAUCAGUCUCUCGAAGACGGCAUCGCACCGUUGCGCGCCAUCACCCCUGAUGCUGCAUAUACCAACGAGGGCGAUGUAUAUGAGCCGAACUGGGAGGAGACCUUCUGGGGAUCGAACUACGCCGAACUGCUUUCCAUCAAGAACAAGUACGAUCCGGACCACCUGCUUGAUUGCUGGCAAUGCGUGGGCUGGCUCGGCCAGUCGGAUUCACGUUACAAGUGCUAUCUCCCCCCUCCAUCCUAA